AUGGAGCAUAUGUGUUCUUCAAAAAGAGAGGAGUGUCUUUUGAUUGAUCCAAACAAGGAGAAGGGUCAUGGAAUUCUGAAUUCAUGCCAUGAAGAAGAGCCUCCUUUGUUUCGGGGCUUCCCUUCACCUUUUUUUGAUGAAAUCUCUACUACUCCAAUGCUCAUAGGCAGUCAUACCAAUCAACGUCACCUGAUCUGCUCCCCGAACAAACCCUUAAAAAAUAUCACUCAUGAGCCUUCUUCUGAAUCGAAUCGUCUAAAGAAAACAAGUAAUGUAGGUAAGAAGGACAGGCACAGCAAGAUACAUACAGCUCAGGGUCUUCGAGAUAGGAGAAUGAGGUUGUCACUUCACAUUGCCCGCAAGUUUUUCGAUCUCCAAGACUUGUUAGGGUUUGACAAAGCCAGUAAGACCAUUGAGUGGCUCUUUUGCAAAUCCAAUAAAGCCAUCAAAGAGGUCGCUGAAAACUUCAAUCCACAACACACCAACCAAAGCCUGAGUGUAGAGAUGGAGAGGAUGCAUUCACUUAUGUCCGAGUGUGAAGCAGGCUUCAGUAGCGAGAUCAAAGCUGCAACCGACAAACUGGAGAACACAAAGGAGGAGAUACAAAACAGGGAAUCAAGGAGGAGAGUUCAGAAUCAUUAUUUGGCAAGGGAGACAAGGGACCAAGCGAGAGCAAGAGCGAGGGACAGAACAAGAGAGAGACUGAUGAUCAAAGAACUUGAGAAAUCGAAGCAGUUGUUCGGAAGGAACCCUAAAGAUGAAAUUUACAAAUUAGGGAUAGGAUAUGCAGCAAGCCUUAAUGAUCACAAUGUAGAAAAAUUAGGGUACAGAUCUAGUCCAUCUCAACCCAUCCAACAAGAAGCAUCAAGUCCCAUCCUUGAACAUUCCGGUACUCAUCACUUGCUUCGAGAACAUCUGCAAUUGGCCAAUAUAAAUGUUGAUAGUUUUGAAAAUUAUUCAGGGAGUAUUGUGGGCGCAUCGAAGUAUUGCUCCACAUUGAUUAACCACAACACUCCAGCAGGUUGGCAAAACUCCAGGGAUGGAUUCUUAGGAAUUCCUGGAGAAUGGGAUGCUGACAAUUUUAUAACCGAAUCCUGCAACUACGGAAUGGUGCCUCUGACAGGUGAUAUUUAUGAACAAAACCCUAGCUCAUUUUUCAUGUCCAUCACCACCAAUAUUCUGCAUUUCCAAUCUCAAAACCAAGGCAAGUAA